AAGCAUAAGGCGCUUUAAUUUGGCCAAAAUCUUGAGCUUCUAGUGGUGGUGUUGGUGGGUGGUGGGCAAUGGGUCUGAAGCUUGUAAUGUGGAAUGUGUUGGUGAUAGGAGUGGUGUUACUGGGCACCUGGAUUUCUUCUGGAAAUGCUUCAGUAUCCUAUGAUAAGAAUGCUUUCAUUGUCAAUGGCCACAGAAAGAUCCUUAUUUCUGGAUCCAUUCACUACCCCAGAAGUACACCUGAGAUGUGGCCAGAUCUUCUGCAGAAGGCUAAGGAAGGAGGGUUGGAUGUGAUCCAGACUUAUAUUUUCUGGAAUGGGCAUGAGCCUCAACCUGGGAAAUAUUAUUUUGAGGAUAGGUAUGAUGUUGUGAAGUUCAUUAAGCUGGCACAGGAAGCUGGGCUUUAUGUUCAUCUCAGGAUUGGGCCUUAUGCUUGUGGGGAAUGGAAUUUUGGGGGAUUUCCAGUUUGGCUGAAGUUUGUCCCAGGGAUUAGUUUCAGAACAGAUAAUGAACCUUUCAAGUCUGCAAUGCAAAAGUUCACAACCAUGAUUGUAGAUAUGAUGAAAACCGAAAGGCUGUAUGCAUCUCAGGGUGGUCCAAUAAUCUUAUCCCAGAUUGAGAACGAAUAUGGACCGAUGGAAUAUGAAUUGGGCGAACCAGGUAAAGCUUAUGCGAAAUGGGCGGCCAAAAUGGCUGUGGAUCUUGACAUAGGUGUCCCGUGGGUCAUGUGCAAGCAAGAUGAUGCCCCCGAUCCAAUUAUUAAUUCUUGCAAUGGUUUUUACUGUGACUACUUUUCCCCGAAUAAAGCCUAUAAACCCAAGAUGUGGACAGAAGCCUGGACUGCCUGGUUUACUGAAUUUGGAGGUCCAGUUCCUUACCGUCCAGCUGAGGAUAUGGCUUAUUCAGUUGCAAAGUUCAUAAUGAACGGGGGUGCUUUCGUCAAUUAUUACAUGUAUCACGGGGGCACAAACUUUGGCAGGACAUCUGGAGGUCCGUUUAUUUCCACUAGCUAUGACUACGACGCUCCUCUUGAUGAAUUUGGUUUAUUACGUCAACCUAAAUGGGGUCAUCUGAAAGAUCUUCAUCGAGCAAUAAAGCUGUGUGAGCCAGCUUUAGUAUCCGGAGAUCCAACUAUAACGUCGCUUGGACCCUAUCAAGAGGCUCGUGUUUUCAAAUCGAAGUCGGGAACUUGUGCUGCAUUCCUUGCAAACCACGACCAACAUUCGUUUGCUAAAGUGGCUUUCGGGGAAAUGCAUUAUCACUUGCCCCCGUGGUCUAUCAGCAUCCUCCCGGACUGCAAGAACACCGUGUAUAAUACUGCAAGGGUUGGUGCCCAAACCACACAAAUGACGAUGACAUCUGUUGACCAAGGGUUCUCUUGGCAGUCGUAUAAUGAAGAGACACCGUCUUAUGAUGACAAGACAUUUACAGUUGUUGGGUUGUUGGAGCAGAUUAACACCACGAGAGAUGCUUCUGAUUAUCUGUGGUACAUGACAGAUGUCAGGAUCAAUCCAGGCGAAGGGUUCUUGAAAUAUGGAAAUAUGCCUUGGCUUACUGUCUUCUCUGCUGGUCACGCUUUACAUGUUUUCAUAAAUGGUCAAUUAGUAGGAUCGGCCUAUGGAAGUUUAGAGAACCCGAAACUGACCUUCAGUCAAGGUGUAAAUCUGCGGGCAGGUGUGAAUAAAAUUUCACUGUUGAGCAUUGCUGUUGGCCUUCCGAAUGUCGGUCCUCAUUUUGAGACAUGGAAUGCUGGUGUUCUUGGCCCGGUUACGCUUAGUGGCCUCAAUGAGGGAAGCAGAGAUUUAACGUGGCAGAAAUGGUCCUACAAGAUUGGCCUUGAAGGUGAAGCUCUGAAUCUUCAUUCACUUAGCGGGAUCUCUUCGGUUGAGUGGGUUCAAGGUUCUUUUGUGUCUCAAAAACAACCUCUGACGUGGUAUAAGACCACAUUUGAUGCUCCGGAAGGAGAUGAGCCCUUGGCUUUGGACAUGAGCACGAUGAGCAAAGGCCAAGUAUGGAUAAAUGGCAACAGCAUUGGACGCCAUUGGCCUGGAAACAAAGCACCCAACGAUGGCUGCAGUUUCUGCAACUAUGCAGGUUGGUUCGACGAGAGAAAGUGCCUAAGCAACUGUGGAGAGGCUUCACAGAGAUGGUACCAUGUUCCCCGGUCCUGGCUACGCCCAACAGGCAAUCUGCUCGUGAUUUUCGAGGAAUGGGGAGGAAAUCCCUAUGGAAUCUCGUUGCUAAAACGAGAAACAGCGAGUGUGUGUGCGCAGAUGUUUGAAUGGCAGCCCCAGUUGAUGAACUGGGAGAUGCAAGCUUCAGGCAAAGCAAAAAAACCGCUGAGACCCAAAGUCCACUUGUCCUGCGGCCAUGGUGGAAAGAAUAUCAGUGCCAUCAAAUUUGCAAGCUUUGGAACCCCAGAAGGUAUAUGCGGCGACUUCCAACAGGGAAGCUGCCAUGCCUUUCACUCAUUCGACAUUUUUGAAAAGUAUUGUGUGGGGUGGAAUUCAUGCACAGUGCCUGUAACACCAGAAGCAUUUGGAGGGGAUCCAUGUCCGAAUGUGAUGAAGAAAGUGGCUGUUGAGGUUAUCUGCAGUUGAUGGGUCCUAAGAUCAUCCUAGGAAAGGGACACUCAUCCCCUGACAUAAUUUUACACUGUACCAUGAUGUUCCAUUUUUUGAAGAAGCAAGAAGACACUUCUUCCUCCAUAGUUAUACACCACCAUUUGUGUUAAUCAAUGUAUAUACAAACAAAGCAGACGCAUAAUUUGGUUAGAGAGGCAACUCCAGCCAAAUUAAUCAGACCAUUCCAUUAAUUUAAAAUUCAUAAAAUUAUAAAUUAUAAA